CGUGUACAGAUGCCUCGCCAGCGUUGGCCGCAGUAGGCCACAUGUGUCUCGUGCACCGCUUUCCCGUGGAAAAGGCUCUCGCCGAAGAUGCGCCGUGUUUACGUAACCGUAAGCGGUAACGCGGUACCACGCCGGUUCUAAUAGACGUGCGUACUCAUCGUGAGCAUAGCACGCGGUCAUAUCGGACACGCAGGCAACGCCGUCGCGAGUUUACGGGUCGAGCAGUGAGCCAAAUCGAGACGACACAGCAGUCUGUCUGCGCUGUUGUUCGCUGCCAGCGCUCUCGCAGCGAACCACGGGUGUAUGGUAGUGUACAGACGAUCGUUCGUCCGGCAAGUACAUACGCAAUUUCGAUCGUGUCGCGCGAGUUCGCGCCGGUAGUUCAUCGAUAUCGUCGCUAAAGCGCCGAGUCAGCGCGCUCGCCUAACCCAUACGCCGGAACACGAGGCGCCUCGUGCGUCGUAAUUUUUGCUGCCGCGGUCGAACGUACGCGCUGUCGCAGAGGUCGGGCCAGUGCAGCGCGCCUCGUGUCGCGUUACCGAACGCGCCGCAGUCGCAGCCUAAGCGCGUCAAGUCAGUGAAUUCGUUCGUACGGUGUCGCGCGUGCAGCGGCCGCGUGUUCUCGUGCAGGCACUGCGCGCGCCUGCUGAGAAGUGCCGAUUAGAGAGAGAGGGAACUGUCGCGCUGUUUCUUCCGUCGCAGUGAGUUCUCAGUCGCGUAUCUUCGUAUCACUGACGAGAACAAUCGUCGCGAGCUAGUCGGCUUCUCGACAUGAAGAAUCUCUGUGCCUCGAGACUGUGAAGUGGAGGUUAGAUCGCCCGUCUGCGUGACUUGCGCGAGUGCGAAGUUGCUCCAUCUUUCUCGAAGGAGAAACGAGAGCUGUGCUCCAACUCCUCUCGCGAGUACGACGAGUCCGGAAGCGCGACGGUGGACCCUCGUGGCAGGAUCGAGUGCGCACAAGGUGCGACCUCGUGCACGGUUCUUCGUGGGCCUCGUGUUUUUGUCUCACGGUAGCCUCGUGUGCCUGCAAGAUGGCGGCCAAGGUAGCCAGUGGCGCGCAGGGCGGUAGCGAACGGCCAGGAGGCCCCGGUCAGUCCUACGCCAGUGUGCUCAACCCGAAGAGUGGCAUCGAGAACCGAGCGAGCACAUGCACUGGCAACAAUAAAGAGAACAUGGGCGGUCAGUCUGUCAAUCAGGUGACAACGACACUGCAGCAACAUCAGCGUCAAUUGCAUCAUAGCCAUCAUCAGCAGCAACAGCAGCAGCAGCAGACGACAACUGCGAAAGAGCAGAACACGUCAGCGAUGGCAUCGAGCGUCGUCAAGGGUAAGUCCUAUCAGAGAACCGGCCGGUGUCAGCCGACGCAGACGACGCAGCCGACACAGACGGCGAACAAGUGUCCGGACAAACGUUUCUGCAGUGACAGUUUAUCAAAUGCGCCGUGGAGUGUCCUCGUCGAAAUGGACACACCGCCGAUCGCCGGCGUCCGUAAGGAGGCGCUGACCGCGCCGCCUCGCGACAAUGACGUCGACGAGCAGUUGAACAACGGCGACGUGGGCAGUGACGGCGAGUUUCAAACGGUCGCGCCGAAGAGCGCCCGGCGCAAGGAGAAGUUGCGCGAGCAGCAUCAUCGUGAUCAUCAUCGGGAACGUCAUCGGUUGCGCGACAAUAGCCGCCAUCAGCAGCAAACACGUGGUCUCGGCGGAGCCAGCGCCGGCGCUGGAGGCGUCGGUAGGGGUGGCAGUAACGAGAGGUCGCACAAGGAACGCGGCGACCGUAACGUCGCCUUCAUAGUCGCCACCGCCGCCGCCGCCGCCACUGUCACGGAGCACAACUCUAAAGAAAUUCACCGGAGUGACGAUCAGGAUGUCGAGACCGAAGCGCAAUCGGCACCCCCGCCGCCUUCCAUCAAAUACGUCGAAGCGCCCCUGCCUGCGGUGAAUCCCUGGACGAAAAGCAGAACGUCCGCGACGACGCAAACCGCCGCGACCUUGGCCUCCACUAGCGUCUUUGCGAUGCAGGUUGACAGGCAGAGCGAACGAGAAAAGAGGGUGUUACAGCCGCAGCAGCAACCGCCGCAGCAGCAGCAGCAGCAGCAGCAGCAGCAGCAGCAGCAGCAGCAGGUUGCCACUACCGAAAAUGGGGUCAGCAGUAGUGUUCAGCCUACGAUUGUCAAAGCUCCCAGAGAUAGGAGAAAAUUCAACCAGAAGGCAAGUGACUUUACAGACAUCGGAGACUGGCCAACUUUGGGAACACAAGGAGAGAAAAAGGUGACCACAUCACCACCUAAACAAAAUGGUACUGUCGAAUCGAACAAUUCCAAAGAGACUAGUACCAGCGAUGUUGAGAACAGAGGGAAGGAGAAUAAAGAGCAGAACCACUGCCAAGACGAUAGCGACGAGAACGAAAAGAAAAGAAAAGUGAACAAACAGAAGUGGCUUCCGCUGGAUAUUAACCCACCGAAAAGCCGUGGUAAACGAGAACGAUCGCCAAAGUAUCAAAGUCAGAGGGAAAGAAAUAACGAAGAUGGUGAGCAAACGUGGCGCGAGAGGGAUUAUGACCGAUCGAUGGGGUAUAAUAAUUAUCGAGGUGGUCGCGGUGGAAGAAGUUACAGAGGCAGAGGACGCGGACGUGGUGCUAGUCGAAAUGGUAAUUUCAGGUACCGACAGGAUCACGAAUAUCAAAAUUAUGCUGGCACGGAUUAUGUACAGAUGCUUAAAUACGAACAGCCGGAUCCUACAUAUAUGAUGGGACAUUGUUUGGGAACGUUCUAUUAUAAUAAUUACAUGAACUUAGAUACUAACACGUUAAAAGAAUAUAUACGGAAACAAAUAGAGUAUUACUUCAGCGAAGAAAAUCUGAUGAGAGACUUCUAUCUUCGUCGCAAAAUGGACAUUGAAGGAUUUGUACCCAUCACUUUUAUCGCAUCUUUUCAGCGUGUACGAAAUUUAACAAUGGAUGUACGUUUAGUGACAGAGGCAAUUAUGGAAUCUGACAAACUAGAAUUGGUGGAUGGCUACAAGGUCAGAACAAGGUUUGAUCCGUCAAAAUGGCCUAUUCUAGAUACAGCGGACAAACAGUUCUUUCCAGAUUCUUCAGAAUUAUACAUACCACCGCAAAAUGAAAUAAUACCCAAUAUACUUGAAAGCGAUUUUUAUCCUGCUUCAAGGCCUUUAUCCAGCAUACCUGAACCUCUUGCGGUUCCAUUUGUUCUUCAAACUGAUCCUGCCAUUUCGAUACGAGCAACGUGUGAUGAAUCGGAAAGUAUUUCUUUGUUGAUAGGCGAGACUUUAAAUCCUGAUGUGCCAGAAUUUAUACCGACGGAAUUGACAGGAAAUAGUAAUGAUCUACCUACCGCUAUAAACAAAAAUAAUGAAACGAAGAAGGAAGAACAACCUAUAAAAACAAAAGAGAUCAUUGCCGAAUCAACAAAUAGCAUUGUAACUCCUAUUUCUAAUCAUAAUCCUUUUAUGAAGAAAGACAAUAAAUUACCGAUUGUGGCACAUUCUUCCACUUUAAAUUGUUCGCAAGAGGACCAAGAAAAUGGAAAAUCAAAUUCAUCGAACGACGAUACUUGGCAAGAGGUGAAAAGAAGAGUUAAGCAGCCGCACAAAGAGAAAUCUGAAGAAAAAGAGAAACCUGAUACCAACAAACGCGAGGAACGAGAGGAAUUGGAUUUCCAAUUUGACGAGGAACUCCGAAUUGGUCGAAAUAAUGCCUUUUCAGAAUGGUCUGAUGAUGAAGAUUGCGAACUGUCGGAUAGGGAUGUUAAUAAAAUCCUUAUCGUCACGCAAACAUCUAGACCUCCAAAGCACGAAGGUUAUGACAGAACUGGAGACUGGGUUACAAGAGUAAAAAUGAGUCGGGAUUUGGAACGGGCCAUUAAUGAUGGAUUAUUUUGUUACGAAGAAGAUUUAUGGACUCAGGAUCGCCAAAGGUAUGGCUCGUCGUCGUCCAUUGGAAGUUACAAAACCAUCAAUGUAAUUAGCCAAGAGGACUUCGAAAAGAUGGCACCGAAAGCUCCUAGAAAAGCUAAUCCGGAAUUACCGCCGCCACCUCCCUCUAUUGCAGACGAUUUGGAACUUGUGCAAUCGUUAUCACAGCUACAGCUUCCGUCUACGAGUCAAGAGUGUCAAGAAAGGAAAGAUCGUAGAACAGAAAAGAAUCGUUGGAAUGAAAAGCCAAAGGUCGAAAGAGAAGAACGAAGAGGUGCGCCUCGUUUCUUUGCCGUUGUAAAGGAUGGACCAUCCGUUGAUCCGAGAACGCCCAGAAAAAGGAAAACUCGUCACAGCAAUAACCCUCCAGUGGAACAUCAUGUCGGUUGGAUCAUGGAUGUUAGAGAGCAUCGUCCUCGAACAUACUCUACGGGGAGUAGCGCAGGCACCAGUCCUAAUGAAGGUUACUUGUCGAGUAGCUAUGGUAGCGUACCACAGGCUCUACCUACGUUCCAACAUCCAAGUCACGCCUUAUUAAAGGAAAAUGGUUUCACUCAGCAGGUGUAUCACAAGUACCAUUCGCGCUGUUUGAAAGAGCGCAAGCGGUUAGGCAUUGGAUUAUCGCAAGAGAUGAAUACUCUUUUCCGUUUCUGGUCGUUCUUCCUGCGUGAAAAUUUCAAUCGUACUAUGUACGAAGAAUUUAGGACUAUUGCCAAAGAAGAUGCUUCCCAAGGAUACCGAUAUGGACUGGAAUGUUUAUUUAGAUUUUAUAGUUAUGGCUUAGAGAAGAAAUUCAAACAUCCACUGUACAAAGACUUCCAAAUGGAGACAAUAUACGAUUACGAAAGUGGACAACUGUAUGGACUGGAAAAAUUCUGGGCAUUUUUGAAGUAUUAUAAGAAUUCCGAUCGGCUUCAUGUGGAUCCUAAACUGAAAGAAUACCUAUCGAAAUUCAAGAGCAUCGAAGAUUUCAGGGUAGUGGAGCCACAAAUACUUGAGAUGCUUUACGUUGCGAAAAAGCGCAAUAGAAGCGUAUCCGAAAGCGCCAGCGGCGAAGAUGUGCGAACAAGCAGAGAACGUCGGCUCUCGGGUGGUUCCAGCACCGUCACACUGCCAACCACAAAUUCUGAAAGUAGUAACGCGCAAAAGUCACGUUUGGAGCCCGUAAAUUCACAAUUUCGUAACAGAGCUAGUUCCUUCGGUUCCGGCAGGCUAACGAGCUAUCCUCGACGAUGGAACGACCCUACGACGUCGUCGUCGAUCAAUCAACGAGAUUUCAACAAACAUCAGCCUCGUAGUAGGCACAAUUCCGAUUCCUGCACGAAAUCUCAUGAAGUAGUGAACAAAUCGCAAGUCACUGCCAGAGAUCGUACUCAACCAAGCUCCAAGCCUGAGACGAGCAAGUUCGUCACCAUAAAGUUGGAGAGCUCUUCGUCCUCUUCCCAGAAAUGAAAAACUCAGUUGUGACGCGGUGAUAAAACGCGCAUAAACUUUCAUUCUUUAAGUGAUUCUACGAAGGUGAAGGAAAGUGCAUCAUUCCGCCUUCGGAAAUGGAACGGUGUUUUACGUAACGUAUGCCGUGAGAACGUUGAGUGAUAAUGAUCGAAAAAAUAUAGUGCAUAACGAUGCACCGACAAAGGUCUGAAAGAAGAAAACAUGGGAAUCGCCGAUUCUCGCGAUCACGAAGAUUGUCGUCGCGGAGUAGAAACAUCCGCGAAAUGUGAAUGCGCAACACUAAGCUUGUAACUGUAAUACAUUAUUCGGUAAAAUAGUAUCUAAUUUUUAUUAGAGUCUCUAAGCAAGGCAUGGUCAUCAUCUCAUGUGAGAUAAUUUUACUUGCUUUUCUUCAUUGCUUAUGAUGUUUACAUUGCACUACAAGAUGACAAAUAAUUAACAAAGAGGAAGGAGAGGGACGAUAAGAGCCGGACAUGUAUGUAUAAGGAAAUUUAAUGAUGUAAAUUUAUUCAGGUCUUUUUGUCCGUAAGUUUUAUUUUGUGUGUUUUAAUCUUUAUAUACACAGGUUUUUCGUGACAAAGAGAAUGCACUUUAUAUUUUUACAUCAAGAGAGUAAAUGCCAAAUGUGAAAAUGUAAAAUUAUCUUAAUUUGAAAGAGACGACAUACAGAUCAAGCAUUUGUAUUCGUCAAACGUAUUAGAUCCGUUCGAUCUGCACGUUCCUUUGUUAUUUUACUCUCUCCAAUAUCCUAAUUUAUUCCAUCUUAAAUGCAAAAAGUGCCACAGGAUACGUUUGAAAUAAUCCUAUUAUUGAGCUUAAAUAUCGUAUGAAAUUGAUAGACUAAUAGUGAUGAUUUACAGCUGCACAACUACUUGUCUAAUUUAUACUGUCUUUUGAUUAUGGAGAUCAGAACUGGAACUCGAAUUUUUUUCUGAUUAUUGGGCGCUUUUAUUGACAGAGGCACCCCUUUUUGUGUUUUUUCUUCUCUUUAGUGAAGAUCCUUUUUAUAGUAAUUUUUUACGCGUUAAAUGUGCGCUUCUAUUAUUCAAUGUAUGUAUAAUUUAAUACUUUUAAUAGUAAUUAUUUAAUUUCGGAUUGGUAUAAAACCCAUGUCCCAAAAAGUGAGAAAAAAAUGCUUUCUUUAGUAACAUAUGAACAUAGUUCUCUAUAAGUCUUAUAUAAUCAUAAAACUGUUUAUUCAUGUCUAUUCAUCAAUUUAAUGAUAUAAAAAUUUAAGAAAUAUUUUCUUAAUACAAUGAGAAGUAAUGAUUUGAUAUCACAGUAGUUGAUUACGUUAAUUUGAUUACAGUGAGAUUAUUAUCAAGUUUAUAUUAUUUUUAUGCACUUUUUGUUAGACUUGUAAUUUUAGUUUGAUCUAUCAUAAAUAAUCUUGAUAGUUAAAUAAAUAUUAAAUCAGUCAAACGUACAACACAAUACAAUGACAUAUUUAUAUCAUUAUUUUAAAAGAAAAAUAUGUAAGAUCAAACUUACAUGAUAGUAAUAAGGCUGCUAAGAGCUAAGCGUUGAUAUUGGUGUCAAUAGUAGUGGCCUUAUUACUAUCAUAUAAGUUUGGUUUUACCAUCAGAGCUCUAAGACACAUGUUUAAUUACUUGAGAACUAUGACUACGCUACUAAAGCAUACGCAUUAUAUGAAAAGUAAUACUAUUAAUAAUGGAAUAGACCGCCCGUCUGUAACAGUCAUAAUAAUGUUUAGAAAAGAUGAGUCGCUUUUUCCAUGUCCAAAAAAUGCUGUUGAAUUAUAGUAGUAACAGCUGUAAGAAAUGUUUCGCGCUAAACUUUAUAGUUUACUUUUCAAGAUUUCCGUAUUUUACGGAUGAUUAUUUUCUACUUAUCUUAUGUUUGCCAUAUUUAAUUUUUGACCAUAAAACAAUACAUAGACAACGGCGCAAGCGUAGUUCACAUAGAAAAGUUGACAUACCGAGAAAUAUCAACGAAAUCUUAUCAAAUUUUCACAUAUUCAAAUUUAAAAUCACCUAGAAUCUUAGCUGAUAAUCUUUUCGAGAUUAUCAGCUGAAAUUGUAGUAUGCUAUUGUGUAUUCGUUGAUUGAAUCUGCAAGCAUAUGGACUUAGAUAAGUAUGCGCCACUCGAGUGAUGGUUCUGUCAAAAUCCUGCACUUUGAAUCGAGUGAAACAAUAUCAUUACACGAUUAGUUCACAUUGUAUUUAUUCCGCGUCAUGAGAAAAGGAAAAAAUGAGUUGGACAUUUGUAAAUAGAAAGUACAGUAAGCACUGGGCUUGUCAGUCGGCCAAUCAAACGAAUCGGCGGAUUUCAUUUCUAUUAUUUUAAGCAGAUCGACAGUCGAGUCGCGCUGAGAUUGUUUUUAAAACGCAUAUUCGAAGGGACGACGAUCUAUUUAGCCUUUCUACCCGUAUUCCGAUGUCGUUCUUAACAGACACACGCACCACUAGUCAUGCAUCGUGCCGAUGUACUAUAUCACAUAUCGUUUCGUUCGCUUAAUCACAGAAUUUAAGCGUAGAAAACUACACAAGCGAUUGGCAGUAAAAAUGAGGAAAACUCUGGCUCACAUAUACGCGUUAACAAUUAUCUGAUGUUCACGUGUGUGAUGUAGUACACGUGUAGUCACGAUACACUAAAUAUUUAUUUGCCCAAACGGCGCGUGCGCGCGCGUAUAUUUCGAGAUGUCUCACGAUUGAGAUCUACACAAUAACGACAUUAACGCCGUUUUCGAAAACGGGUUUUCGAGAUCGGACGCGAAUGAACCUCGCGAGUGUAAUUUUAAUUGCAAUAUCAAAUGGGCGACAAGAAAAUGACUCCGACGCGGACGCUUACGUGCUACACUUCCGCGUUGUCCGGUGCGGCAUUUCUUAAAUUUUUCUCCCCGCGGUCUUUCCUUUCUUCGUCUUCCCGCUGUUACUAUGAUAACUCCCUUCUCAUGUCGAACGAAGGCGAAAUGCAAAGCGGAGUCGCGUGAAUUCUCAUACAAAGAGAUUACUUAGUGUCGUUAAAUACAGAAUCGUAUUCCGCGCGUCGUCGUCCGAAUUCCCCGUCGGCGACGCUCAAACGCAGCAAACAAUCUAAUUGUUAAAUUGCCCGUUGCAAGUGCGUAUUUUUGAUGUGCUCUUAUUGAUUCUUACGAGGCGAGACGCGCCUCCGCCUAGUCGGCUUCUUGAUAACAAAUGGUUUGCACCUCGCAAUCGUGCGCAAGAAUAACGCCUAAUAUAAAUUUAGAAAAAAAACGCACCCGUCGAUACGUUUCCGCGAGAACACAUUUUUUUUUAGCGAUCGCGACAACUGACGAUGAUUCUCGAACGAAACGACAAUCGAAAGUCACUGCGUCCGCUCGAGAACGAUUCGUUCGCGAAGAAGAAAGAGGGAUAACGUACGAGUUUGACAUUGUCAUCAUUAUCAAUCAUAAUCAUCGUAUCAUUAUUACUACCAUUUGAAAGAAAGUUGCCUGGUUUAAAUUUAAAUUAGCAUAUAUCAAUAUGCUAAUACGGUAUACACAACAAAAAGUCCCGUAAAUAUUUUUCGCGUUAAGAAACUUCUCGUGCUCACUGAGCGAAUCAGAAAAAAAAAGAAAACGAAACGUUCUCGAGGAAAGGAAGAAAAGAACGAUCGAGUCGAACGGACGGAGGAGAGAAAAAAUGAGGAAAAAAAGUUGUAUUAGCACAAAUAAUUACCGGUCGAUUUUCAGUCAGUCGCGAUAUGAUAAUAGCUAUUGUACAGAUACCAGACAAAAAUGGAGAACAGCGAUAAAAUAAUCGUAAAAAUCUGCUCACGUGUUGAUUACUGUACAUACUUUCAUAGUUCGGUUUAGAUUAUAGUGAGCGGUAUACGCCUGUGUAGACUUAUCAGAGUAGUUUUUAAGCGAGUGACAGAUUUUACUUUAUCGGUGCCGAUUAUACAAUAAUGGAGUAACGUCUGUUUAACGAUAAAAAUUAGUAUUGUAAGUUUAAAUUGGUUUGUAAUUUAGAUACAAGCUUAUAAUAUUUAGACGGACUUGUUCCUCGUGGCGUGCCGCGAAAAUCGUGUGGAAAACGUACAAUUAGGGAGACGUAUUUUCUGAGAGGGAAACGUUUAUAUUGGGAAAAUUAUGUUGGGAGAGAGAACGAAUACAAGAAAUACACUGACGAAGUGCUGAAUUCUUCAAUGUAGGAACCGUUUCAAUGUAGGUACUGUUUUGUUGUCUAAAUAGUCCAAGGCGUUGCAGGAUCACCCUGAACGUGUGCAAGGUGUCUGAAGAGUGUCUCGACACGUCCUGAGCACAUUCACAGGAUGAUCUCGCGACAUAUUGUGCUGUUUAGAUAAUAUAUUAAGCGUUAUUUUCUUUCCGAAAGAGGCGAUCGAAGAAAUGUAGCAUAAUAAUGUAUAUAGUUUUUAUCCAAAGUCGAUGAGCCACGCCACGAGAUCGACGUCCAAAUGUAUAAAAAAAAGGGCAAAUUAUAUGUAUGCAUAUAUAUACAUAUAUAUGUAUGUAUAAUAUAUGCAUAAUAUAUGUGUGUAUAUGUAUAUAUACUAUAAAUUCGUACAUUGUUACUUAUAUAUUGCUAAUAAAUCUUAAUUUUACACUUAAGGCUUAUACUAUAAAGGAAAGAAAAAGCGGGAUGGGGUUACUGGUUGCUGACACAAUUUUGAGAAAAUGUAUAAAAAAAAUAUUUCGUAUAUAGAUUAUAUAAUGCUAGAGAGAGUGAGAGAAUGAGAGAGGGGGAGAGACAGAAAUUGAACGAAGAGUAAUCGAUUAUGUAGAUGUGAACAUGAUGUUUUAAGGAGGGACCGUACUGGCAUUUUCAUAUACAUUGUUACUUGAUCUUCUCAGGCCUCUAGAUUCCAUUCGGGAUCGCCAAACUUCCAGCGCACAUUGUGCCUUUGUUUAUAAGCUCUUAAACUAUGUCUGUUGAGCGUGUACGAGGUAGGUUUAACUUAAACUUUCGCCAACGAAUUGCAGUAGUUUCAGAAUUCAUUCAACGACAUCGGUACGCAGUAAACGAGCUGUAUAGUGAUAUUUCGGAGAAUUUCACCUCCGUAUAGGAAACAUUUCGGCCAGAAAAGACAUGCCGAUCUGAAAAAAAAUUGUGCGAGUAAACCGUUGUCGAUAGGGUCCCUCCUUGAGCAUCGCGUGAAUGUAUGACCUAUCGAGAAGCGUCCUUGGCGGCGAAAGCAUGUGCAAAAUUUGUUAAGCAAGAUCUACGAAUUGCGCGGUCGCGAUUCGAUCUCACGAUAUGAGUCGACAUUACUUAUAUUGCUCAUGUAAUACGUUUGAUCUGUAAUGUGUCAAUACGUUAUUAUUGAUGUUAUUAUUUCUCAUCGUCUCUCACUAUACUCGUUUAGUGGUGCUACGAUUUUAGCGCGGUAAAGUCUCAACUCGCACACCACCGCAUCACUUUCGCUUCGUCGAAUCCGUUCAUUUUGCCGCUGCAAAAGCUGUAUCGUAAUCUGUCGCUCAUCGUGAUCCGUCGGGGGAAAGCCUCGGUAUUUUUCCUCGAGGUAAAGCAAGGUGAAACGAGACGACCGAACGAUCUCGACAGUCUUCGUCGAAAAUUAUGAAUUUCCAUCGGCGACAGGUCGUCGAAGUCCAACAUCUUCCCAUUGAUCGUUUCAUCUUAUCUUAGGAAAUACCGAUAUUUCCUCCUUAACACUUUGACUGCCGCACCGAAUUCGAGCAACGCCGAAUUCUGUGGUUGCCCCACAAGUACACGCUUCCAUAAAGCAUACGGAUCAUGUGAAGUACACCAUAUCAAUGGAAAGAUGAUUACAUCAAAUUCUGUUAUUCAAUUCACUUUUACGCACACAAUAUCUGAGUUCUUAUUUAAUAUAUUGCUUCAGUAUAAAUUGUGAAACCGAUAUCUUUUCGUUCAAAAGACAUUCACUACAAAAAGGUAAUCUUAAAAUUUAAUUAAAGAUUGUGUUAUGUCUCUUAGAUUUUGCUUUUCAAAAGUGUGCAAGAAAUAAACUUGAAUAAUUUUCUUUUCGAUA